AUGCCAAAGCUAUCUAAACGAAAAUCUCAAGCACGUAAAGCAAGUCAAGCAUCAGUAGAUGCACGAAAAGCUACUCGACAUAGCAAACAAAUUCAUGACAUUAAUCAAUUAUUAAAACAAAUGAAUGACGGAGAAUUGCAGUUAAUUUACCAAAACAUUGUCCAAUUAAUCAGCCAAACCAUCGUCCAAUCAGCCAGCCAAGGCAUUGUCCAGUCAACCAGUAAUGAAACAACAAAUCAAAUAAUGCUUCGUCAAAAAUUAAUCAAUAUGGUUGAACAAUUACGUGAUGAUCAACUAAAGGUUGCUGUUCAUUUAUUUGACACCAUGUGGUAUUCUAAAGGACCAAAUGAGGAAAAAAUACCGUAG